CGUGAAUGCCACUGAGACGCCGUAUAACAGCGUGAUCGCAGCCCCCGCGCCGCGGAGGACGCAGCACGCCGCGGCAGCACCCGACGGCACCUCGCCGCCCAGCGCAUCGGCUCGGCACCCUCGCCGCGCCUGCACUCAAGCCCUGACACCAACGCCAGCACCAGCGCCUAAAAGGCGCUCUAACGGGGCCGUAUAACGUCACCCACUCGCGCGCCACACCGCGUCGAAAUCACCAUGACGUCCUACACACACCGCUGCUUCGUUCUUGCCCUAAACUUCGCAGUCGCGCCGCGGCGGAGUGCGCGUCCCGCGCGCGCGGCGCCGCCCGGGCGCGCGGCGCGGCGAGGAUGACGCCGCCGGCACGCCCGCCGACGCGGCACGGCCGGCGCGCGAGGCGGGCACCCCACGCCCGAGCCCACGACGGCCGACGGCCCCGUUCGUCGCGUCGGGUCCUUCUUCUGUCUGGCUCUCGGUGGCGCCGCCGACGCGACGCCCCGCUCGGGACCGCCCCCGCCGCCCGAAUGAAAUAUUUUGAUACUUAUAUCAAAACCCGCAGGUAAAACAACAAACGCGCGCAGCAGCCGACGCCGGCCGCUCUACUAGGUCGAACACCGUGCAUGUAGACCGCAGCGUCAGGCGUAGGCACGGCCGUCGGGUAAGAAUUAUUACAAGUAAAAAUAUCACUCUGCAGAUUUGUAUUCCGGACCUGGAACCCGGCACAUUAUAUGAAUAUUGAUAAUGUGGUAGCAUUACUUUUUUUUCUUGAUUUCUUCCCGAACGUCGGCUUCGGCGGCGUAGCUCCGACGCGACCGCUAGUCUCAGAGAGCUUUCAGAGGCCGCCGCCCGAUACCGGUGAGGACGUUCACGUCCGCGUGCUCGAGCCCGUGCGUAGUCGCACGCCCGCAUACAUCCAAUUCGUCUCCGUCUCUACCUGCUAACCUGCUAUCCUACCUGCUAAAUCCGUCCCGUCGGCGCCGCGCCGGCAGCUCCAGCCGGUACCAAGGUAAAUUGAGGGCUGUGCGCUCGGACCCCCGGACUCGUUUUUCACAACGUCAUCGCUGCUGUCCGCACUGCUGCGCGUCGUCUGAAUCCCUCUUCCGCGCGUAGCGCGUCGAGACGUGCUGCCCAAAAACGGCUGCCUGUCGAGCUUG